GUGGGCCGGCGGCAAGGGAGUGCGCGCAGCGGCUGCCCUGGUUACUGUGCCCUCGCCGCGCCGGGACAGCCGCUGUCCGCGAGGGAUGCUGGUGAGGAGGCCGCCGGGAGCCGCCACCGCCGCCGCCGUCUGAGGUCUCUCUGGAGCCCGCCUUUCGCUGGCGGGGAAGCGAAGUCGCGGACGGGCAGUUUCGGGGCUGGUGAGUCCGGAGCCUGCUGAGAAGUCCCGAGGUGGAGGCUGCCGCCGCACCCUCGAUCCGAGGCCGUCUUUUGUUGGAGAAGGCGGCCAGUAAUUUCCCCCGAAAGUGGGCUGAGACCCUUUCUCCGCGCUGGCCGCAGCUCCGAGCCUCCCGGCCGCUGUCGCCAGCGCGAGGCGGCGUUUUCCCCAGCGUCCAGAUAUUUCUUUGAUCGCCCCCUCGCCAUCCAGUUCUGAAAGGGCACUUGCUGCUGGUGAGAGAAAAGAAAAAAAACUUACAGCACGACGAGCCCAGAUAAAAAUAUAAAACAUCACCCGCCGCUGCCCCCCAGGAAGCCCCAUCCUAAAAAAGGAAUUUGUGGAUUGCCUGAAAGAGGAGGAGCGUGUCUAAUCGUGAAUUCUUGGAGCAGGUGAUUUUUAAAUACUGCUUUCUAAGUCCUUUACAACUUUCCCCCUUCGGAUAAUUUUAUACUGACUUUAUAUGAUUUUUAAAAUUGGUCCGAUCUGACUUCUAAUCCAGUGACGGUGUUUGCUGUAGUUUGGCUGGUUCUCCGUGCUCCUGUGGGUACCACAUUUUGGGGAGAACCUAAACCCACCUGGGGAGAAUCUCAACCUCGACUGGUGCCACCAAAGCAGCCUUUUGAACCAUGUGGACUUUCCUUGGCAUUGCCACUUUUACCUAUUUUUAUAAGAAAUGCGGGGACUUCAUCACUUUGGCCAACAAGGAGCUCCUGUUGUGCGUGCUGGUGUUCCUUUCGCUGGGCCUGGUGCUCUCCUACCGCUGUCGCCACCGAAACGGAGGCCUCCUGGGGCGCCAGCGGAGCGGCUCCCAGUUCGCGGUCUUCUCGGAUAUUCUCUCAGCUCUGCCUUUCAUUGGCUUCUUCUGGGCCAAGACUCCACCUGGAUCAGAAAAUAAGGAGCAGCUCGAGUCCAGGAGGCGCAGAAAAGGAACCAAUAUUUCAGAAACAACCUUAACAGGAGCAGCUGCCUCUACAUCAGUUUCUGCUCAAAGUGAUCCUGAAGUUAUCAUCGUGGGAUCUGGUAUACUUGGCUCUGCUUUGGCUGCGGUGCUUUCCAGAGAUGGAAGAAAGGUGACUGUGAUUGAGAGAGAUUUAAAAGAGCCUGACAGAAUAGUUGGAGAAUUUCUGCAGCCAGGCGGUUAUCAUGUUCUUAAAGACCUUGGUCUUGGAGAUACAGUGGAAGGUUUUGAUGCCCAGGUUGUACAUGGCUACAUGAUUCAUGAUCGGGAAAGCAAAUCAGAGGUUCAGAUUCCUUACCCUCUGUCAGAAAACAAUCAAGUGCAGAGUGGAAGAGCUUUCCAUCAUGGAAGAUUCAUCAUGAGUCUCCGGAAAGCAGCUAUGGCAGAGCCCAAUGUAACGUUUAUUGAAGGUGUUGUGCUGCAGUUAUUAGAAGAAGAUGAUGCUGUGAUGGGAGUUCAGUACAGGGAUAAAGAGACUGGAGAUAUUAAGGAACUCCAUGCUCCAUUGACUGUUGUUGCAGAUGGGCUUUUCUCCAAAUUCAGGAAAAACCUGAUCUCCAAUAAAGUUUCUGUUUCAUCUCAUUUUGUUGGCUUUCUUAUGAAGAAUGCACCACAGUUUAAAGCAAAUCAUGCUGAACUUGUUUUAGCUAAUCCGAGUCCAGUUCUCAUCUACCAGAUUUCAUCCAGUGAAACUCGAGUACUUGUUGAUAUUCGAGGAGAAAUGCCAAGUAAUUUAAGAGAAUACAUGGUUGAAAAAAUUUACCCACAAAUACCUGGUAAGAAAUAUAUGUUUCAUCUGAAUUACAAAAUGUUGAUUACAUUACCUCUCUUCAUAGGUGUCCUUCUUUUGGGAGAUGCAUAUAAUAUAAGGCAUCCUCUUACUGGUGGAGGAAUGACUGUUGCUUUUAAAGAUGUAAAACUAUGGAGAAAACUGCUAAAGGGUAUCCCUGACCUUUAUGAUGAUGCAGCUGUUUUCCAGGCAAAAAAAUCAUUCUAUUGGACAAGAAAAACAUCUCAUUCUUUUGUUGUAAACAUCCUUGCUCAGGCUCUUUAUGAAUUAUUUUCUGGCACAGAUGAUUCCCUGCAUCAGCUCAGAAAAGCCUGUUUUCUUUAUUUCAAACUUGGUGGAGAGUGUGUUGCUGGUCCUGUUGGGCUGCUUUCAGUAUUAUCUCCUAACCCUGUAGUUUUAAUUGGACACUUCUUUGCUGUUGCAGUCUAUGCCAUAUAUUUUUGCUUUAAAUCGGAACCUUGGAUUACAAAACCUCGAGCCUUUCUCAGUAGUGGUGCUGUAUUGUACAAAGCGUGUUCUGUAAUAUUUCCUCUGAUUUACUCAGAAAUGAAGUAUAUGGUUCAUUAAGCUUAAAGGGGAAACAUUUGUGAAUGAAUAUUUGAAACUCACCAAGUCCUGAGAGACUUUUGGAAAAGGAUGUAUAUUUCAUAGUACUAUACCACUUCUAAAGUGGAACCUCUUGAACCAACAUUGGGAUUAAUUUGUUUUUGAAGUUUUUUGUAUAUAAACGUGUAAAAAUAUAUGCUUUGAUUUACAAUUUAAAAUGAAGGGUAAAAUAAGCUAGAGACAUAAAAGGAAUGAUUGUUACUAUAAACUAGCGCUAAUACUAAGGAACUGCAGCUUUUCUUUUGAACUUAGUAUUUGGGAUGAGUUGUUGGGACAUACAAAUAAAAUGAAGAAUGAG